UUGCAAAGAUGGCGGAUGACAGUGAGACAGCAGUGAGGCGGCCGUUGGUUGAGGAGAAUGACCAUGAGCACUGUAGCGACUGUGAGAACGAGGAGGAGCACAACUACAACCGGGGAUGCUUAACCCCUACAGAUGACAGUGGGGGCAAGAAGAAGAAGAAACAGAAACGGAAGAAGGAAAAAGGGGAUAAAAUUGAUUCGAACCAAGAUCAGUCAGUAAAGGUCAAUUCGUUGCCCUUGCAGGUGAAUUCAUUGCCUGCAGAAAGGAUCCAAGAGAUCCAAAAGGCCAUAGAACUUUUCUCUGUAGCACAUGCUCCUGCCAAGACAAUGGAGGAAGCCACCAAGCGCAGCUACCAAUUCUGGGACACACAGCCAGUCCCCAAAUUAGGAGAAGUAGUGAAUACUCACGGGCCUGUCGAACCAGACAAGGACCAUAUCCGCCAGGAGCCAUACACCUUGCCUCAGGGCUUUAUGUGGGAUGCUCUGGACUUGGGGGAUCGAGGUGUGCUCAAAGAGCUGUACACCCUACUGAAUGAAAACUAUGUGGAAGAUGAUGACAACAUGUUCCGGUUUGAUUAUUCACCAGAGUUCCUCCUGUGGGCUUUGCGUCCCCCAGGCUGGCUGCCCCAGUGGCACUGCGGUGUUAGAGUAAUCUCAAGCAAGAAGUUGGUUGGCUUCAUCAGUGCUAUUCCAGCUACUAUUCACAUAUAUGAAUCGGAAAAGAAAAUGGUGGAGAUAAACUUCCUAUGUGUGCACAAGAAGCUGCGUUCCAAGCGGGUGGCACCAGUUCUGAUCCGGGAGAUCACCCGACGGGUACACUUGGAGGGGAUUUUCCAGGCUGUGUACACUGCUGGUGUAGUGCUUCCAAAACCUGUUGGAACCUGUCGGUACUGGCAUCGGUCUUUGAAUCCGCGUAAGCUGAUUGAAGUGAAGUUUUCCCACCUAAGCAGGAAUAUGACAAUGCAGCGUACCAUGAAGCUUUAUCGGCUGCCGGAGACUCCCAAGACCCCAGGGCUGCGGCCGAUGGAGCACAAAGACAUCCCUGCUAUACACAGACUCCUCGCAGAGUAUCUGAAGCAGUUCCACUUGACCCCUGCAAUGAAUCAAGAAGAGGUGGAGCACUGGUUUCUGCCCCAGCCCAACAUUAUUGACACAUUUGUGGUUGAGAAUACCAAUGGGGAGGUGACUGACUUUCUGAGUUUUUACACUCUGCCCUCCACCAUCAUGAACCAUCCCACCCACAAGAGCCUGAAGGCAGCCUACUCUUUUUACAACGUCCACACCCAGACUCCACUCUUAGACCUCAUGAAUGAUGCCCUCAUAUUGGCCAAGUUGAAGGGCUUUGAUGUUUUCAAUGCACUGGAUCUCAUGGAGAACAAGACUUUCUUGGAGAAGCUGAAAUUUGGGAUUGGAGAUGGAAACUUACAGUAUUAUCUUUACAAUUGGAAAUGCCCCAGCAUGGGACCAGAGAAGGUUGGCUUGGUGCUGCAGUAAUCAAUAGUAUCUGGAGAAAUGUGGACAGAGCCACUGAGGAGUUGGGCCAGAGUGGAAGGAUUAGCCCUCUGGUUCCUGUUUCCACAGAGGUGAGAACCUUCUAUGGAGGAGACGGCGCACACUAGCCUGACCAUAUGAACCAUCCGCUGACACUUCUGGCAAUUGUGUCGUGUGCUUCGGAGCGCACCAACAUGUCGGCAUCAGCAGUUGGCCUCUCUUCCCCUUCCCUUCCCCAACCCCCAAUUAAUCACAUCUUCGUACAAAUACGAUCAAGGCAAUGUAACUGCUAAAAACUGGCUCACAAUUGGCAUAUAUUGGAGUUAACGGGUGAAUAAUAAUAAAAUAUAUAUAUAUAUAUAUAUUCUAUAUUAUAACAAUGUUUGCUGUUCACCUGAACCAGUAAUGGAGACUGAUUUUCUUUUUGUCUUUGCAAAUACUGCAAAGGAAAAAAUAUCCCAUAGAGAGGUGUUAGGAUAGUUGAUGGUAAGAUUUUUGUCAAGCCUGUUCCCUCACCCAGCUGUGUCUAAUGCUUUCCUGGGCCCUAGAAGACAUUCAAGCUGCCCUGUAGCUCUGGCAUGUGGUUGGCCUGGACUGUGAGUUGUUCCAUUUUCUGGCUUGUGUAUGGAGCAAUGGCCUUCUUUUCCAAGCAAAGUCCUGUUUGCUUUCUUUCUAAGGGCUAUUUUAGAGGCUGCUGGGGGAUUUCUUCCCUAGUAACUCUAAGACCAUAAAUCCUUUUUUUUUUUUGCACUGUGCAAUGGUGUGCUGUACCGAUCCAUUUUUACCACUUGUGGACUUGGCACUAGUCAACCUAUUGUGGAUUGCCAGCCACCAAACAGCCAUUCACAUCUGUUGUACUUUCCUCUGUGGGAGCAGUCCUUCACUGGAGUUAUCUGGGCGGUGCACAGAACCUUGAACCACAGCUCCAUCUCCCCUUCCUGUCAGGUGUUCCAGCAACAGAAUAUAAUGCACCAAUAAUUCUUCCAUACAUUCCCGAGCUGCACCCAACAGUGAUUUCUGUAGACUCUCUGAAUUGUCUAACUUUGAGACUAACAUUUUGUAUUCCUUUCUCUUGGUUAAAGGCUGCUGAGGAGAAAGUUGUGGCAAGAAACUUUGUUAGCAGUUGUGCCAUGGUCUGAACAAACUUAGUAGUGGAUGAAUUCUGUGCAAAAUUAAACCUGGUAUUGUCAGAGUGGGCGUUAGCAAAUUUGGCUUACAUUUUUUGAAGCUGGAAAUGUUAUGUGUUGGAGGUGUUCGGUUUGUUCAUAGUCACACCUUUUUUUGUUUAUUUUUUCCCAGCUGCCAAAUACUAAGAUGCUUGGCGAGCAUUAGACAGCAGGUUUGACUGAUUUGAAUGAGCAUCCUAAUGGGUUCCUGCUUUUCCAGCAUAAACACAUUUGCUGCCAAUCCUUCUAGCAGGUUGGAAGACCUUUGUUAGGAACUCCCUGUACUAGAAAACAUCCUUCAAGGCUUUCUGUCUUCUUGAACAGAGAUGACUUCUUUGUGCACAUCCUGUUUGGCCUGACUUGGCCAAGGUUUAAGCCUGUGCCUAAAAUGAGGAGCCAGGAUUGCUGUCCUGUGCCUUUUUUAAAGUGACACCAUUUAAUCGUGGAAGGUCAGACCUCUGAAAACAGCAGGUAUUGUUCAUUGUGGUGGAUUUCUUGCAGGUGAGCACAUAAGAAGGUGUGGCAAUGUUUUGAUCAGUAGCUUAUGUGUACUUGGUGCUGAGUUGCCAAGCCUGUGCUUGGGUUGUACCGCUUCAGACUGCUGGUAUGAUGGAAUGCUCCUCCAUACGAAACACUCUCGGUGGAUGGAAAACCCAGUGUCGUGAAAAAGAGUUCUAGCACAGACUUUUCUCUGCCAUGCUUGUCUUCUAUGCAGAGGGGAUUUUUUGUCUGAUGGAGGAACCUCCGCCUGUAGCCUAUGUCUGAAUUGUAUACAAUUGACAUAAAUGACAUAAAUAAAAAAUUAGUGAGAUCUCAGCCUUAGUCUAGGGCUAGAUCUGUCAACUAUUAGAGAAAGUAGAUUAGCCUAGUGAUAAAGGGGGCAUCAUCCUUGAACUAGCUUACAUCCAGUACUUAAUCCAGCAUUGGAUUUUACAUAACAGGAUUUCCAAUCCUAGUACAAGCAGGCUGUAACUGUUUCCAUUAUAUUUACCAGUGGCUCAACCAAUUUGCAUUUUGGAGACUGCCCCUGUUUGCUUUAAGGCUCAAAAUUCUGAAGGAUAUGCAGGAUUUGUUCCCUCUUAGGCCAGAAAGCAGCAGUAUAACUCUUGUGCUUUGAAAUUGCCUCCCAGGACCCUGCUCAGGACACUCCUUGUCUAGGUGGAGGAAAUUAUGAUAGGCCUUCAACAGAACAUUGCUGUAAUGUCUGUUGGCUUUCUCCAAGGUGCUAUAACCCUUAAGAAUCCUAUUCUUAUAAUAAUGGAAGGACUAUCUACCUUGCCAGCAGAGUGGAUUUGGACAAGUUACCCCUUGAAACUUCCAAAACUUCCCCUUUCCUUGACAUAGCUUUCCACAAACUGAAUUUAAGGCUCCAAUUUCAUCCCAACAUUCCCACCUAUUCAGAGUCAAAAAGGUGUUGUAAUUUUCUGUAUGAUGCCUGGCUGUUGCACACAUGCUCUCUGUUCCAGCUUUCCCACAUCUCAUAUGGACUGUGGAUUGUUUUCAAGCAUUUCAUCUGGGAUUUCUUUACUUUCUAGCAGGGUUUCUCAAGUAUGCUGCCGGGACAGUUUUUGAAGUCCCACAGUUUUAGCCUCAACUUUGCUUGUGCAUAUAUGUUGACAUAUUGCAAUCUCUGUACAGCCAAAAGUGAUAAAUAUGUAUUGUACCUUUCA